UCAAUGCAGCAGUCCCUCUCUGGACGGAAAUAAUGAAAAUCUUUUUCUUGUCAAAAUUGAGACAGAAUACGUGGCUUCUCUUCGCACUAGUUUUCUUCGUUGUUGUGCCUCUGUGGUGGAUUUUCUUGAUGCAGGUCCGUCUCAGCUUAAUGAGUGCAGAAAUUCGGGAACUCAGCUCAAUUGUACGCCAGCGAAAUUUCUUUGUUCGCGAUUUCAUGUUUGCUUAUGGAAGUUCACCAAUAGAGGAUACUGAAGUAAGAGUGUUCUACACAUAUCCAACCUCUGAGGUUGAGAGACUCAAAAAUCUCUCUCAAGAGGAUCCAUUGUUAAUUCAGCACAUUAAAAAAAUUCUACUCAUUCCACCGCCAAAGCAUCCGCGACUUAGACCUGGAAUUGCUGACGAAUCCAGGGGGCAAAGCAAAAGGAUAAGUGAAUUAUUUAAACAUAAGAAAGGAGGGAUUUUCGUGGAAUGUGGUGCAUCCGAUGGCCAUCACUUGUCGAACACUCUGUACUUGGAGGCGAAUUACAACUGGACGGGACUCUUGAUUGAACCUGAGCCCCAUAAUUUCGGCCGGCUCUACAGAUUUCAUCGCAAUGCCUGGCUUCUACCAGCAUGCUUAAGUCUGAAAAAGUUUCCUAUGAUGGCAAAGUUCAAUGCGAUGAGAGAGUGGUCGAAAAUCGACAGUUCGGGUAUAAACGUGCACUGCGUGCCGUUGUAUUCAAUCCUGAAAGCUUUCAAUGCGACCAGCAUCGACUUUUUCAGCUUGGACGUCGAGGGCAACGAGCUGGACGUUCUGAAAACGCUGCCAUUUGAUAAAGUGGAUAUAAAGACUUUUGCCAUUGAAUUCUCAAACAUCAAAGAGGGCAAAGAACACCUGCGACAGUUCAUGAUUUCAAAGGGUUACUACGAGCUGCCAUCCACGCAAAAGGAGCGAAGUCAUUUAAAUUGGGCCCAAGAGGAUUGCAUAUUUGUUAAGAAAUAAAUAAUCAGUGCUAAUU